AUGAAUAACGCAAUGAUUUGCAGUAGUGAACCAAAUUAUCGUAUUCUUGGACGACAAAUACGCGUACGUGAAAAACGUUUCGCACCAUAUUAUCAUUUAUCAACAAAUUCAUAUCCGAAUAUGUUAAUUUAUUCUAAACCAUUAAAUGAUCAUAUGAAAGAAGUGAUAACGAAUGAACAUAAUAGACUUCGAAGAAUUAUACCAGCAACCGAUAUGUUACAAAUGUAUUGGUCAGACGAACUGGCGAUAAGCGCUCAGCGACAUGCCGAUCGAUGCGAUUUUCGACAUAGUAAUGAUCGUAUAAAUAUUGGUGAAAAUAUUUGGGUAGCACCAUAUUCCAAUUAUACGGAAGCAAUUUCACGAUGGUUUAACGAAGUAUACGAUUUACGAUGUGAUUGUAAACAUGCUUAUAAACAUUGCUGUGGACACUAUGUCCAGAUAGUCUGGUCUGAAACAAAUUUGGUUGGUUGCGGUUAUGCAAAAUGUCAUGAUAUUUGGAGUGUGCAAAAUCGUGGUUUUCGACAUAUUUUUGUAUGUCAUUACAAUCCACAAGGAAAUACCGUUUAUAUCACCAAAGAUGGUUUCUUCGCAAUGCCAGCAUUUACAUGGGCUGGUGAUAAGCCCCGUUGUAGUGAAUGCCCGUCAGAUGCAUCCGCUUGCUCUCAGGGUCUCUGCUUUGCGCCAUCAUUAUCAAUGGAAGCAACUGAUUCUGCUUUGGCUGAUAAUAAACUUGGGCAGAAUUAA